AGGAGGGAGGAGGAGAGAGAGAAAGAAGGAGAGAGGGGAAAAGAGAGAACCAGAGAGCGAAAGCGAAAGAGCCGAGAGAAGAAACGAAGAUCCGAGAAAACGAACGAAAAGAACCGAGAGAACGAGAACGAGAGAGCAAGAGAGCGAAAGAUCCGAGAGAACGAGAGCCCCGAAAGGAUAGAUAUAGGAAUGGGUGAGCAGCAGCUGAUUUUCGUCAUUAUGGACGCUGCUAAUGUGAACGAGAGAGAGAGAGAGAGAGAGAGAGAGAGAGAGAGAGAGAGAGAGAGAGAGAGAGAGAGAGAGAGAGAGAGAGAGAGAGAGAGAGAGAGAGAGAGAGAGAGAGAGAGAGAGAGAGAGAGAGAGAGAGAGAGAGAGAGAGAGAGAGAGGGCCAUCGGACACUCCAAGUGGCACUCGAACUGGCCAUUGCAGUCUCGAGUGUCAUUCCACUUCGGUUCGGGCAGCUGAUGCCAUUUGGGGCGGGCGGCCCGUGGUCGGGCGUUGAUGUGAUUGUGGCGUCGCACAUGCUGGAAACGGUCGUUGAUUGA